GACUUUCUGUGGAAAGAGAAGUAAAAGCCGUCAACGUCUGUGCACACGAUCGAAAAACACUCUCUCUGUGGAGGAUAUACCUGAAGAAGUGAGUGAUGGAUUCAGAUUACGGAAUCGCCAGGGAACUCACCGACCUGCAGAAGCUUCGAUCUACUUAUCAACCUCAGCUUCCUCCAUGUCUUCAGGGGACCACAGUAAGGGUGGAAUUUGGCGAUGCAACUACAGCUGCAGAUCCAUCUGGUGCUCACACCAUAGGUCGACUUUUUCCGCACACUUAUGGUCAACCGAUAGUUCACUUUCUUAGGGAAACUGCACAGAUUCCAGAUGCUCGCAUUAUUACCGAACAUCCAGCUAUGAGGGUGGGAUUGGUUUUCUGCGGUAGACAAUCUCCUGGAGGGCAUAAUGUUAUUUGGGGUCUACACAAUGCUCUGAAAAUUCACAACCCCAACAGCGUUUUACUUGGGUUUCUAGGUGGUUCUGAAGGUUUGUUUGCACAAAAAACUCUUGAGAUUACAGAUGACAUUCUUACAACCUAUAAGAACCAAGGUGGAUAUGAUUUGUUGGGGAGGACAAAAGAUCAAAUAAGAACUACUGAGCAAGUUAAUGCUUCUUUAGCGGCAUGUAAUGCUCUGAAGUUGGAUGGGCUUGUCAUUAUUGGAGGGGUCACAUCUAACACGGAUGCAGCCCAGCUUGCAGAAACAUUUGCUGAAGCAAAAUGUUCAACCAAGGUGGUUGGUGUACCUGUUACUUUAAAUGGAGACCUAAAGAACCAGUUUGUUGAAACAAAUGUUGGUUUUGAUACUAUAUGCAAGGUCAAUUCUCAGCUCAUCAGCAAUGUUUGCACUGAUGCCCUGUCUGCAGAGAAGUAUUAUUACUUCAUCAGGCUCAUGGGACGCAAAGCAUCUCAUGUCGCUUUAGAAUGCACUUUGCAGUCACAUCCUAAUAUGGUCAUUCUGGGUGAGGAGGUAGCUGCUUCAAAACUUACUCUGUUUGACUUGACAACACAGAUUUGUGAUGCAGUGCAAGCUAGGGCAGAAGAAGAUAAGUACCAUGGGGUCAUUCUACUGCCAGAAGGACUUAUUGAAACUAUUCCUGAAGUGUAUGCUCUCCUGCAGGAAAUACAUGGUUGGCUUAGAGAUGGUGUUUCUGCUGAUAAAAUUUCCUCUAAAUUGUCACCUUGGGCUUCUGCAUUAUUUGAAUUUUUGCCCUCUUUCAUAAGGAAGCAGUUUCUACUCUUCCCAGAAUCAGAUGACUCAGCACAGUUAUCUCAGAUUGAAACUGAGAAACUUUUGGCACAUCUUGUGGAGGAAGAAAUGAACAAGAGAAUGAAAGAAGGGACAUACAAAGGGAAGAAAUUCAAUUCCAUUUGUCAUUUCUUUGGUUAUCAAGCUCGAGGAUCUUUACCAUCUAAGUUUGACUGCGAUUACGCUUAUGUCCUUGGACAUGUUUGCUAUCACAUUCUUGCAGCUGGCCUGAACGGAUAUAUGGCUUCUUUGACUAAUCUGAAAAAUCCCGAGAACAAAUGGCGCUGUGGCGCUGCUCCAAUUACUGCAAUGAUGACUGUAAAACGAUAUGGCCGUGGUGCUGGUGCAUCUUCGAUUGGGAAACCUGCUUUGCACCCAGCAACUGUGGAUUUGAAAGGAAAAGCUUACGAGUUGCUGCAACAAAAUGCGGUUAAAUUUUUAAUGGACGACGUGUAUAGAAACCCUGGGCCUCUUCAAUUUGAUGGUCCUGGAUCGAAUGCUAAGCCUGUAACUCUUUGCGUCGAAGACCAGGAUUACAUGGGUCGAAUCAAGAAACUUCAGGAAUAUCUUGACAAAGUGCGGACAAUAGUGAAACCAGGAUGUUCACAAGAUGUUCUAAAAGCCGCAUUGAGUGCCAUGGCUUCUGUGACAGAUGUUCUCUCCGUAAUGUCCUCAUCUUCAUUCAACGGCCAGACGCCAUUCUAAAGUUGAUUAAUCGGGUUGAGGUCAGUAAUGUUUUUCUUCGGCUUUAUUUUGUUUUAGAGAAAUCUAAAUUAACAAUAAUAAUUAUUAUUAUUAUCCUAGGUUAUCUUUUGAAUCUCCUUUGAUCAAACUACUUACUUUGAUACUACUAGAUAAUAAUAUAUUUUGGUUUUUACUUCAA